UGAGGGGAAGGGUGAUGGCGGAAACACAGUGGUUAUAUAUAUGUAAGGGAAGAAGCAAGGGAGCGUCACACUGUCUCAGCCACACGCUAGCGCAAAGGGACGCAAGAACUGAACACCCACAAAGAAAACGGGAAGUAGGACUCUCCCACCGCCCCUACUCCCUCUUCACUCUCAUCACUGACACCUCCCACCAAAGGCCACAAUGAGGACGAGCGGCGCCGUGUUUCUCCUGACGGCAGCGCUGACGGGGCUCACGCAGGCUGCCUGGCUUGAGAACUUUUCACAAAGCCUGUGCCGGACGGACAUCAGAUGCUACACCAAGACCUAUUACUGCUCUCGAAUCCUCAAUGUCCCCUACAUACAGCGCGUCAUGACCCAGGUCCUCUCCUACUGUUACUCCCUCCUAGGCUCCUCCACCCUGCGAACCACUGCUUUUACUGAAGAUGAUCUCAUUGAUGUCAUGAGUGGCCUGCAUGGAGAGCAGUUGCCCGACUGUGUGCUGGUGCAGAUGGGACUGGUGGUGGACGGUCAAGUGAACCAGGCAGGGCUGUACCUCGCCCUUGCUAACACUGUCAUCAGCAACAACGCCAACCAGCAGAAUACCUUCUUUGAUGCCGUUAGCACCUGCCCAGCACCCUCCAAGCCUCAGCUGGCAUCGUUUGGUGCCUGCGUAAUACAGGCAUGUGUCUCGGCCUUGUAGCCCUUCACUACACAGCCUUCCUAACCCCAUCAAUCCUGUCUUCAAGAGUUACCAGCACCCAUCAAGACCAAUGGCAAACACUGAGUAUAUUGUACAUCUCUCCUCUUAAAUGACAUCGUGACCCACUCAUCAUGACAUUUACUUUCCACCUUCCUCUUUCAUUAUGCACAGUCAAACAAGGUGAAUGCUUUCACCACAUCAUGAGGUCACAAGGUCACAUGAUCAGCUGCCAUAUGUGCAGCCAAUCUAUGUGAUGAAACUGCAAUUGAAAUAAAUGGAUAUUUCACAACAAAAAAA